AUGGCGGACCAAAUCCCGAAUCUUUCUCUCGGAUUUUUAUUCGACCCAGAAGUCCUCUACGACCUAGAAGACGAAAGAGGAAAAGAGCUAUUAGCGUCGAUCAAUUUAGAGGAUACUGUCAAUGAAAAUGCGACCUACCCUUUAACUGAAAGUGAGGUUUCUAACAAAGUAUGGGAAAUUAUCUAUUACGAACACUACUGGAAUCAAACUCGAAAGAUACAAAUGGGCUUCGAAUGGGCAGUAACUUAUUGUAAUUUCUCGUUUCUUUUGAAGCUAGACGACGACGUGUUCGUGCAUAUCCCAAGAGUUCUCUCCUUCUUGAGUGCGCCCAGCACGCCGAAGAAAAAGCUUUACGCUGGUAAUCACUACACAAAUAAUAUUCCUUUUAGGGGAGGUAAAUGGAAAGUAACUUACGAAGAAUAUAACCAGACAAGGUAUCCGGAUUUUUGUCCUGGCUUUGGAUAUAUUUUAUCUCACGACGUUGUAAGUGCAUUUGUUGACACGUUCUCUUCUUUUCCGUAUUUUCGACUAGACGAUGUUUACGUUGGCAUGCUAGCCGAUAGGAACGGAAUUAAUGUCACGAACAAUAACGGAUUUGAGGGAGUACUGAAUAUAAAACCCUCCAGUGCUUCCAGUUCACACCAUCAGCCUUGGAGGAGUGUUGGCCAUGAAAAUACAAGCCACUCAGAUUCGAGUCGUGACAACGCUGGUACUACCAGGCUCCUUUGUACGCAAUAGCGCAGUUACAAGUGCAUAGAUCGUUAUCGUGAUCUCUGGUGGUAAAUGGCGUAUUGCGCUGUCUACCAAGGGAUUCAUCGGCAUUUCCUGACAAAAGGAACCGCGUUAGGAAUAUUCACGCUCAGCAUGACAAGCUGACAAUUUUUAUGACCUGCAAUAAGCCGUUAAAUGAAUAUGAAAGCGAUUCUCGCAGUAAUGAGCACUACUCAAGCAGUAGUGAAAAUGAAACCUGA